AUGAAGGACCAAAGCACAGCUAUUCUUCCUACAAGUAGCCCCACUGAGACAGAAGCCGCAGCAGCUCCACCCCCACUGAAGCCAUCUGAGACUGCCGGCGUAGUAGUCGGCAGCACAGCCGGAGUUCUCCUCGCAAUCGUCGCUGCAAUCUUCCUCAUCCGCCGCUAUCACGCACUGAAACACUCCAGCGAUGACUCCGGCCCAUACCCAGAAAUGGCCUACCUAUACGACCCAUUCCCCGACCAUUCCGACCGUGACAGCAGCCCCAACGAGACCUCAACCCUCAUACCCAGAGACACUGUUAUCUUACCAUCCACCUCAAACAAAACCAACCCACUCCCCCGCACCCCCCACAACUCCCUCGACAACGAAUACCACCACGCCGACACCAACCCCACCCGCUACACACUCCCCGGCAACCCCUUCACGUCCACCGACCCCUUCCUCUCCUGGCGCAGCUCCCACAUCCUCGCCCCAACCCCAACCCCAACCCCAACCUCCCCCUCCCCCUCCGCCCUCGCCACCGCAGUAAAAUCCUACAGCAAAGGCCCCCAAAAACCUCUCCCCCAACCCCCACACGCCCACCAUACUCCUCUACCCAACCCCCACCAUACCCCCACACCAUCCACACGCAGCAGCAUAAAACCCCAACACUCACUACGCCGACUCUACUGGGUCGAUCAAGCAUCAAGACCGUAUACACCUCUCGCGCAAGAAUCCACCAACAAAAGACAGAAGCGUGGCCGCAUGGCUACGCACGACUUACCGCUUCCGGUAGAUGCGAGGAGCGAGACGCCGGAUUCGAUUACUCUAUAUGCAGCGGCGGCGUCGUCGCCGUCGUCGUCAUCGGCUCCGUUGUGUUAUUUUCUACCCGGCGGGUUCUCGGGAAGUGCGGAGGCUGAGGAAAGUAUGGUGGAAGAGAGGGAGGACGACAUCGUCGUCGUCGUCGUCGCCACCUGA